AUGUCAAACAAAGAAGCUAUUGAAGCUUUAAACUAUAUGUUAAAAGACAUAAAUAAUUCCACUCUUCCUUUUGGUGGUAAAGUUAUAGUUUUUGGAGGUGAUUUCCGUCAAGUAUUACCUGUUGUUCCUAAAGGUACAAGAGAACAAAUGAUUAAUGCAAGUUUAGUAAAAUCUGAGUUAUGGCCCUUAUUUACUAAAAUUACAUUAACAGACAAUAUGCGGGCCAAACAAGAUCCCUUAUUUAGCAAUUAUUUAUUAAAUAUUGGCAAUGGAACCGAGCCAACUAUAGAUGGAAAGAUACAGCUACUCUCAUCGAUGAUUUUACCUUAUGAGGAUGAUGAUACUUCGCUAAAUAACUUAAUAGAUUUCGUAUUUCCAGAUAUUAAUAACUACACAGAAAAUAUGAAUACAAUACUCAAUCGCGUGAUUUUAACUCCGAAAAACGAGUAUGUUGACCAUAUUAAUAAAAUUCUCAUUAAUCGAUUUUCGGGUAACUCCAUAAAAUAUUAUAGUUUUGAUGAAACCGUAGAUAAAAAUGAACAGGGAGUACAAGAAGACUUCAUGAAUAGCUUAACACCAAGUGGAUUCCCAGCCCAUGAAUUAACACUAAAAUUAAAUUGUCCAAUUAUAUUACUUCGUAAUAUUAAUACUUCUGAAGGAUUAUGUAAUGGAACACGUCUAAUAUGUCGACAAUUUGGCUCUAAUAUUAUUGAUGCUGAAAUAGUUACUGGUGAUCAUUGUGGAAAGAGAAUUUUUUUACCCAGAAUACCUUUUACUCCAUUGGAAAAUGAAAAAAAUAUAUUCCCAUUUAAACGCACUCAGUUUCCCAUUAGAUUAAGUUUUGCUAUGACUAUUAACAAAGUUCAAGGACAAACGUUAGAUUCUGUUGGUGUAUUCUUACCAGAGCCUGUUUUCUCUCAUGGACAAUUAUAUGUUGCUCUAUCUAGAGCAAAAACUUUAUCAGCUUUAAGAGUUAUCAUUAGACCACCAUCAGGCAACGAAGCUGACAAUAAUCAUACCUUGAACAUUGUUUAUGAAGAAAUCUUAUUAUUAAGCAAUACUAUAUAA